AUGAGGACGGAGGAAUAUGUGGUCGGUUCGGCAGGGGGUGGAAUCGACGGUUUAGCUUCUUGUCAUUGGAGAAAAAUAGAUAUAACUAAGUUGGAUUACUAUUUAGCAAAAUAGUACAUUUCAAUGUAUUAUCGUGUAUGAAAAGACAUAGCAAAUUAAGGCCAUUCGAGAAUCACCAAAGAAGAGCAAAAGUGCUAAUGUCUUUCUUUCAACGCCUCGUGUCGUACGUGAUCAACGACGUGGCCGUCAAGGCGCUUUCGAACUCGCGAGCCUUCCAACGUUUCGCGCUUAAAACACAUUACCACGUAGAAGACGCCAAGCAUAUGGCAUCUACAGGUGCUGAUGUGCUCAAGAAAUCGAUUGAAACUUACGCACCAAAAGUAAAAGAAUUUGGCGAGGCUUUUAGAGAGGAAGUGGCGCGGGAUCUUAAGAAGAUGAAGUGAUAGGAAAGAAGACGGCGAUAGAUAGCAGACCAAAAAUCUGAAAACGCCGCACGAAGCUUAAUCGAGUGUAAUAUUUUUGAACUUUGUUUUUUUCAUCGUGUUAUUGUACCAAGAGUGUGAUUCUAGAAAGACGUAACGACUUCAGUUGAAAGAGCCAACA